GGCAGCUGUGGCCAAUCGGCGGCUGAUUAGCGAGGUUGAGCAAGAUGGCGGGGAAGCGAGCGGGCUGAGUUUAGAGCGAUGAGCCCCGGGUGGUUUCGUCUAUGGCGAGCAAGCGGCGGAAGGCUGCAGCGGCGGCUGAUGAGAAGCUCCGGGUUAAGACACCUGCUAAACGGAUUAGUAGGCGGAAGGCUCCAGACGGAGAGAGCCCCAAAGGCAAAGCGGAGGAAAUAGACUCAUACAAGACUCCAAAGAGAUCUUCUAGGCCUUGCCUGCCAACAUUCAGUUCGCCUGCUAAUGAAACUGACAUACAGCAAGAAAUCUUCUGGGAUCAUCAUUCACCAAUUGCACAUAAAUUAGACCCUGGAAGAAAGAAGCAGCCAACUGGUCGAUCCACGGUUGAAAUUUCAGAAAUAGUUAAUAGGAUUGCUCCACAGGAGGAAAAACCUUCCUGCUAUGAAGAAUCCCUUCUUGGUAUGUGGAUUGGUGAUGAUGCAAUUCCAUGUACACCUGGAAUAGCAAAAGUGAGGUCUAGAACAAAAGUAAAUAACACAAGGGGUCUUCAGCAGAAAAACAAAGAGGAGGAGCUUAUGGAAUUGGCAAAACAGUUUGAUAAAAACCUGACGGAGGCCAUCCAGAAGCAAGAUGCUCCAUGCCAUAAUGCUACCCACCUUCUGCCAGAGGCAAAGGUGUUCGUCAAAUGUCAAGGCGAUGCACAUAUUGAAAACUCUCAACACGUCCUUGGAGAUCAUCCUCAGAUUGAUGCAGCCUUGCCCUUGGGAGCAGUUAAGGAGAAUGCUGAGUGCUGUGAACAUAACAGUCGGAAGCCCAUAGAUCUUGAUGCAGAAGUAGCGCUGAAUGCCCUUUUCGAUUGCUCUCCCCAGAAAUGCAGUGGCAGGUUGAGCCAGGGUUCUUCAAGCAGCAGCUUCCACAGUAGCCAAAAUGCUGUGCUAGUGGAAGAGCACAUUUCAGAGGAAACAGCAGGAGGUUCCCAUGGAUCUGUGGCUGCGGAUGCACCUCAAAGACAUGGUUCAGCUCCUGCUUCAAAGUGUAGAGGACUUACUACAGCUAAAAAAACAAAAAUGGUGUUUGAACAACCAGUUCAAAGUGCAGUCAUUUUUAAGACAGAACCACAAAAUGCAGUUAUUUCUAAGACAGAACUGGCUGUCUCCAGUAACACUGUCAGCAAUGACUUAGAGGACUGGGAUGCGGACCUAUUGUUAGACGAUUCAUUUGUAAUGCAGAUUACUCAGAACCCGGAACUGAUACGUACUCCACAAAAUGCCUCCCCCAGUGCUUUUCAGGAAAGCUGUAAAACAAAGGAAAGAACAAUAAAUUCAGACAGACCUAACAGAGGUCGUUGUACCUCUCCAAAAUCCUCUAACAAUGUUGCAACACUCAAGUUACAAAAGCAAAGCCAUGAAUUAGGGGGGACAAAGUCUGUUCCUCCACAGAGCCAUUUUCCUUUUAAAAAUAAUCUAGUAAACUCCAUUUCCAAUCCAGUAAGUUCCAUUUCCAAAAGUGGUCAAAUCAGAAUUUCUGGGUGUACUUCCAUUUCUGUGAAACUUGAAAAUAAAUGUGUGACGGAAAGGUUUACUCAGCUUAAAAGUACAAGUGUCCUUGAAAAAGAAGCCACUUCUCUUUCCGUGCAUCCUAACCUUCCUAAACCACUGUCUGGAAAAUCCAGAAGUAAUGUAUUUAGUAUUCACAGUAAAUCCUCUUCUAUUUUUCCUAACUCAAAGCCUAAUGACCAGCAAGAGCUGGCUAGCCAUGCCUCUUCCAAUCACCUCCAAGCAGGAUUACCCAAGAAACACGCUUCCUCAUUUGGCGACUGGAAUGAGCCUCGACUCUCAGAUGAUGUUUUAGACCUGUUCUGCGAAUCCGAUGGCCUUUGGGGCCUAGACCGCGAAGACGACGACUUGUUGUAUCGAGUGUGUGAUGAUGUGGAGAAGAAUACUCUGAGUCAAGAUGUUGCAAAAGGGAGUGUGAAAGCAGCAUCGGUGGUAACAAGCGCUGCCAAGUUGGAGAUGAAUCCUGGCCUCCUGGUACUUAAGCAAGGACUGGCUAAUUGCCCGCUGCCCCAGAAGAUCAGGAAGACCUUCUCCUUGAACGCUGCUCUUACCCCUGCAGUGCCACUGAAGAAUGAGAAUUCUGCAGACCCCUAUGGUCAGCUCAGUUGUGUGUCAUUGAACAGCACUCAAGGGAAACUGCAUAGGCCAAAUUUUGUGCCUGACAGAAGCUUACCUUCCAGAUGUGGCUUGGUCCCGAUGUCAAAUACAUGUCUGAACACUACCAGUAGCACACAGUGGCAGAAUGUCACUUGCAAUGUGGGUAAGGUACAGAAUAUUAGUAGUAGUAAUCAAGAAAAGUCAAAAUAUGCAUUCCGAAAGACCAGUAGUUCCCAGGCCCUCAUUUUGGAUCAUAACAGUGGCACUCGGGGCAGCCGUAGUGGAGCUCCUUUAGCUUUGGGGGAAAGCAAGAAUGGACCAAACAUUCCGUUACACACAGCAUUACAAAUUAACCCCAAGACCACUUUGAAGAGGCACCUCUCGGACUCUUUUGCAAACUUGGAAACAGAAAGGAUGAGCAGGAAAUGUUCUCAAGAAGAAAUUGCAAAGAAAAAGCAAGAAGCUCUUGAGAGAAGAAAAUAUAAAAUGCAAGCAUUGCUCAAAAAUACAGCGCCCACAUGAGUGCUAUCUGUCAGUUUGGAUGUGGCCAGCAGUUUGGGAGUCGUUGACAUAAAAGUUGUUGACAUAAAAGUCCUGAGAAAGACUAAAUGAGCUUCAGGCUUUUUGAAGUCCUGUUUGUGACGCUUCCCCUUCACCUGUCUUGCUGCAUCUGGGAAAUAGCGAUGUUGACCUUAAAUCAAGAAGCUGCUUUUUUUUAGUUUAUUAAGUGUUGGGUUUGGUUUUUUUUUAAACGCUAUUGUUUACAGCUGUUCUCAGGAAAGCGGUUUAGCCAAUGUUUUAAAUCCCACAUAGGUUUUCUGCAGAUGCAAGGGUUUUCUUGCCACAGAGGGCUACUUUCCCUCUUUCCUGCUUCCACUGCAGCCCCAAGUUCCUCCUAAAAUAAUGCUGGUGAGAGGCCCUCCCAGGAGCAGCAUGGAGGGAGUUGUAGGUUUGCAGUAGGAGGGGGAUGGAAAAAGUCAUUCCCACUAAUUUCCACAAAAGUAAUCUCGAUUCCAAGCCUCAGUUUCACUGUUUUGUGACUCGAUGAUACAGUCAACACUAACCGUAUCCUAUCAAAGAUAAUACUGUGAAGUUUCUACUUGAGACUGCAUGAAAGUUUUCAAGAUUUUUUUUUUUAAUUCAGUGUUAGGGUUGAAUGGUAACCCUUUACAAAGAUACCUGCCCCAGUUUUGCCACCUGUAUCCUAUGUACUGGAGGACAUUCUAUCACGUCUCAGUAAUCCUACUCUAAACUUUGUAACAGGCAGUCACAAGGCUCAUAACAGCAAUUCACAGCUCAGGCCCAUUUUUAAUUUUUGUACCUCAGCAGCACGGAACGAUGUAUCUGGGCUUGUAAAUGUUUGUAUGCAAUAGGAUUUAUCUCUGUAAAUGAUGUACAAUUUAUAAAUCAUGAUUAAAAUUGCAGCUUCUCAUUCA